AUAGCAACCACCACUAUAUAUGUAUAUAUAUACGGGGAAAGGAGAAUAACUCAAGCGUUCCAUUGUGAAGUGAGGGAGCUCUUGCCUUGAAUACUCCAUUCUAACAGCAUUUUACUGCGAUCGAGUUGAAGAAAAAUGGGAGGUGGAAAAGACAAGCAUGGUUACCAGUCUAGUGACAAAGGCCUGCAUUCAAACCUUGCUGGAUAUGGUGCUGGAAAUGGUGCGGGAUACUACCCUCCACAGGGAUAUCCCCCUCAAGGAUAUCUCCCUCAAGGGUAUCCCCCACAAGCCUCCUACCCACCAUCUGGAUAUCCUCCUCCUCUGGUUGGAUACCAACCAGCCGGAUAUCCUCCCCCCGGUGGAUACCCUCCACCAGCCUAUCCUCCCCCAUCCGCUUAUCCUGGUUCAUCAGUUCCAUAUCAUUCAGGGUAUGGAUCAAUGGGAGGAUUGCUAGCAACGGGUGCUGCUGCUGCAGCUGCUGCUUAUGGUUCUCACCAGCUCUCCCACGGUGCUCAUCGUCCAGGAUAUGGGGGUUACUAUGGCUAUGGUCACGGAAAGCUUAAGCAUGGGAAAUAUGGCAAGCGCUGGAAGAAUGGCAUGCUUGGGAAACAUAAGUACAAGAAAUGGAAGUGAUGCAGUGUGUAUCAGUAGAUGCAAUGUUCCUGGGGAGCUCAAGGCUUGAAUGUUCUUAGCAAGCUUGGGGAACUUGUCCUUUAUUAGUAUAUGGUCUUUCUAAAGAACCAUAAAUAAUCGUCUUUUAUGUAUGAAAAUGGCACGGCUAGUAUUAGUAUAAUCGUUGUUGCUCUUGUUUCCUAAAGAGAUAUGCAAACGUCUCAUGAAUAAAAGAAGGCUGGAUUUGGAUUUUUUUUCC